AUGAGAAGAAGGGCAAUGGGCCUGUGGACAACAAGAUACGCUCCUCAAUCAUUAAAGGAGAUCUGCGGCAACAAAGGACAGGUCGAUAAACUACAGCAAUGGCUUCACGACUGGUCAGAUAGUUCGAAGUGUGGUUUCAAAAAGCCGGGGAGAGACGCUAUGAAUGUCUGCCGCGCAGUAAUGAUCACUGGCCCGCCUGGUAUAGGCAAGACUACUAGUGCACAUCUUUGCGCCAAGCUCGAAGGCUUCGCGCCCAUCGAGCUUGAUGCAAGUGACGCAUGCAAGUGGGAUGAACAUCAGCAACCUGUCGUCAGAUGGAUGGAUGGAUGGGUGGAAACGAUGCGACAAACGCAGCAGGAGUCAGAAUCACCGAUAAGACGUGUCUCAUCAUGGACGAAGUCGACGGCAUGUCCGCUGGUGACAGGUGGCGUUGGCGCUCUCAACGCCUUUAUCAAGACAAAAAUCCCUGUUAUCUGUAUUGCUAACGAUAGAGGCGCCCAGAAGCUGAAGCCACUCAUCGCGAAUACUUUUGGCAUGACAUUUAGACGGCCCGAGGCUCAAGCUGUCCGAUCACGCAUAAUGACGAUCGCGUACAAGGAGAAGAUGAAAAUUCCUGCCAACGUCGUUGAUCAGCUUAUCAGUGGUUCUCAGUCAGAGAUUCGACAAGUUUUGAAUAUGUUGUCGACGUGGCGAUUAUCUAGUAGUAGCAUGGACUUUCACGAGGCAAAGAAUCUUGCAAAGAUCAACGAAAAGUACACUAUCUUGACGCCGUUCGACGUGACGUACAAAAUUCUUGGUCCGUACGCGUUUGGGCCAAACGUUCGAGAGACACUGGGCGACAAGAUGGAAUUGUACUUCCACGAUCAUUCUUUCGUCCCGUUUCUCAUCCAGAUAAAACACACUGAAAAUUACUUAAAGACUCAACCUGUCAAGGUUCGGAACCUCGAAGGGCUUCCGAAGAUGUUGAAGCAACUUGAGUUGAUGGAUCAAGCUGCAUCUUCUAUAUCUGAUGCCGAUCUCGUCGAUGCUCUGAUUCAUGGAACAACACUGGUCAUUGAUGCCAUUGCAUGCGGUGUGUUCGAUGGCGGCGGAUACGGCGGCCAAAACCCAAUGACGUUCCCUCGGUGGCUAGGACAAAAUUCGAAACAGAACAAGCUUAGUCGACAACUGGGAGACGUGCAGGUCCGAAUGCGACUCAAAGUCUCUGGGGACAAGCACGAGAUCCGACAGUCGUACAUCCAUGCACUGUUCCCUCACAUCGUUAAGCCAUUGAUAGAUCGAGGCGCUGCCGCUGUCGACGACGUCAUUGAACGGAUGGAUGGAUAUUAUCUUUCCCGUGAAGAUUGGGACACUGUCGUUGAGCUUGGCGUGGACACGCAGAAAGACGAUGUCGUUAACAAGCUCAUCAAACCUACGACAAAGACAUCGUACAACAGCACGGAUCAUCCAAUACCCUUCCACAAAGCAAGAGACCUUAGGAAAGUACCUAAAAAACUCUUAGGAGGUCCCGCGCCUGAUCUAGAGGACGUUUUCGAUUUGGACGAUGAAGUCGUCGAUGUGUCUGAUGACGAAAAGAAGAAAGUUAAGGAUGAGGAUGAGGUCGCUGCUGAUAAGCUGUUCCAAACUAGUAAGCCCAAAACUCAGAGUCGGAAGGGUAAGACGACUACAGUCAAAGGCAAGAAGGCUCAGAACUUUAUGUGA